AUGGAGCUACACAGCUUGCAAGAGGCGUUAAAAGUGGAAAUCCAAUGUCAUCAGAAACUAGUUGCACAGAUGAAGCAAGAUCCACAGAACGGGGAUCUUAAGAAACAAAUCCAUGAAAGGCAAUCAAGAAUAGCAGCUCUUAAUGAGAAACAAAAGUUGGCGGUGCGGAGCUGCCCCGCGGCCGUGCUGGUGGGCAGCGGCGCCAGCAGCAGCGCCAAGCCCGGCGGCGUCCCGGCGCUCCUCAAGGCACCCGGCGGCGGUGGCGGGAGCCCCAGCGGCAGUCCCGGGCAGAGCCUGGCUAUCUCCGUGCUGCCGGCCAAGGCUCCCAUCGCGAUGGUGACGGCGCACCUCAACGGUGGGCUGGGCUGCAGCGCCGCGACCGUGGAGCCCCCGCAGAGCUCCCCCAUCAACCUGCAGACCACAGCCAAGAUCACGGGCUCCCGGCGGCCACCCGAGCUCGGCUCCAACGCCCAGACUUUGGGAACUAUCACUGCAGUGCCCAUUAAGGUUCCUCAGGUCAGCUCCUUGCAGAGGUUGGCAGGACAAGGACCAGCAGUGCUACCUCAGGUUAGGCCAAAGACCCUGAUUCCAGACAGCCUCCCUAUCUCCCCGUGCAGAGACCAACCUUCCAAGCAGCCUCCUACCUUCCAGAAGGCAACCGUAGUCAGCAUUAAAAACCCCAGUCCUGCCCUCCCAACUGCCAAUAACACUGUCAGCCAUGUACAGACGCCUAGCAGCCAGCCACAAAGUGUCACCGACUCCACAGCUAUUUCAUCCCCUCUGAGCAGCGCAGGUGUGGCGUACGCCAUCAUUUCCACCUCCCCCAGCAAUGCAACUCCUAUCAGCACCAGCGCCACUGUCUCUGUGGUCAAUGACAGCAUUAAAGUGCAACCGCUCCUCAUUAGUGCCGACAGCAAGGUUAUCAUUAUUCAGCCUCAAGUCCAAACCCAGACAGAAAGUAAAGUGGAGACAAAGAAACCUCCCGAAGAGUCAGCUCAGGGACCUCCUGCUACCAAAAAGAAAAAGGAAGAAAAUCCAGAGAAAAUUGCCUUCAUGGUAGCAUUAGGACUGGUUACAACAGAACAUUUGGAAGAAAUCCAGAGCAAGCGUCAGGAAAGAAAGAGAAGAAGCACAGCAAACCCAGCCUAUAGUGGACUCCUGGAAACAGAGCGGAAACGCCUUGCAUCAAAUUAUUUGAAUAACCCCUUGUUCCUUUCAACAAGAGCAAAUGAGGAUCCAUUCUGGAAGAAUGAGAUCCACCAUGAUGAACACUGCACUGCUUGCAAGCGUGGCGUUAACUUGCAGCCCUGUGGCACGUGUCCCAGAGCAUAUCACCUCAACUGCUUGGAUCCACCCCUCAAAACUGCCCCCAAAGGGGUUUGGGUCUGUCCAAAGUGCCAACAAAAGGUGUUAAAGAAAGAUGAUAACGUGCCAUGGACUGGAACUCUGGCUAUUGUUCACUCGUAUGUUACUCAUAAAACAGUCAAAGAAGAAGAGAAGCGAAAGUUAUUAAAGAGAAGCAGCGAGCUGAAGAGUGAGCACAGACAGUUAGAAGAAAAAGAUCGACUUCUCAACAAUGCAGUGAAGAAAUGCUUAGAGCUAAAAACCAGCCUGUUGGCCCAGCAGAAAGGGACUCAGUCAUCACUGGAACGUCUCAAAACCCUCAUUAGACUGAUACAAAACGAGCAGAUGAUUCAGGUUACCAUGACGACCACCACCACCUCCUCCCUGCUAACUGUCCCCUGGAUCAAACCCUCCCCUGCCUCUGCUGCCAUGCACAAAGCCUUGCAGCAAUCACAGGGUAACAACUGA